AGCUGGUUUCCUCUACUGCCGCAGUGAAACCCUAAAAACAGAGUGAAGAGUAACACAAGACAAGAAUGGCGGCUCCAACACAACAAGCAAGGACAAUGUCCACUAAAGAGGCUGACAUACAGAUGAUGUUGGCUGCUGAAGUCCACCUCGGCACUAAGAACUGUGACUUCCAAAUGGAACGUUACGUCUUCAAACGCCGCAACGACGGUAUCUACAUUAUUAACCUCGGAAAGACAUGGGAAAAGCUGCAAAUGGCCGCAAGAGUUAUUGUUGCUAUUGAGAAUCCUCAGGACAUUAUUGUGCAAUCUGCCAGGCCCUAUGGACAGAGAGCUGUCUUGAAGUUUGCACAGUAUACCGGUGCACAUGCCAUUGCUGGCCGUCACACCCCUGGUACUUUUACUAAUCAGCUUCAGACUUCAUACAGUGAGCCACGACUUCUCAUUCUCACUGACCCAAGAACUGAUCACCAGCCUAUCAAGGAAGCUGCCCUUGGAAACAUCCCGACUAUUGCUUUCUGUGACACUGAUUCACCAAUGCGCUAUGUUGACAUCGGUAUCCCUGCCAAUAACAAGGGAAAGCACAGCAUUGGUGUUCUUUUUUGGAUCUUAGGAAGGAUGGUAUUGCAGAUGCGCGGUACCAUUGCUCAGGGACACAAGUGGGAUGUCAUGGUGGAUCUCUUCUUCUACAGAGAGCCUGAAGAGGCAAAGGAUCCACAAGAAGAGGAAACACCUGCUAUUGCAGAUUAUGCAGAAUAUGGGGCUGGUGCCCUGGGUGGCGAUUGGACUAGCAGCCAAAUCCCUGAUGCUCAAUGGUCUGCAGAUGCCGCAACAUCUGUUCCCGUAGCUACUGGUGGUUGGUCUGGAGACGCAGUUGUUGAGGGAGGUUGGGAUGCCGCAUCUGCUCCUCCUGCCCCAGUUGCACCAGUUGCUGUACCGGAAGGGGUCCCUGCUCCAGCUGUUACUGGCUGGGAAUGAACUUGAUUCCCUUAGAAAGUUCUUUUUGGUUAAAAAUUAGAUAUUUGAGGUUUUUUAACAGACGGUUUUGUUCACAAUGCAAUUUAUAAAAUUUUUGGACUUGGUGAUGUACGAAAUUAUUUUUAAUCAUUUGUAGCAUGUCUUUUUUAGUGCAA